CUUACUUCGUAAUGAUUAUUAAGAACUCAACGAGACCCCGAACAUCACCUCGGCAUAUCGCGCCCGUCCUUUCUCUAGAGAACCCCAAAUGUUAGAAGGCAUCAGAGCGCACCUCCUCCGCUCUCGGGGGCACCCCCUUCCUAAUACCUUGGGGAUAGGUCGGAAGGAAAGGAAAGGAGACGCGAGAGGUAUCAUCGAUGUGCCUGCGAAGCCCAGGCUCCUCCGGAGAUCCUUCCCUACAGUAGAAGGCUGGCCCAGGCUGUUCCACUCCCCGGAGCUGCAGACUGAGUCGCCAGGUUUCUGUGCCUUCAAAGCCCUGCGCGACGGCCACACCAAACACCCAAACCUUGGGCAGGGACCAAACGGUCACUUCCCCGCCCUCCGGGCUCAAUAUGCAAAUCCGAGCACCAGGAAGUAGCCGGGACCUCUCGACCGAGCCCAGAGACAGCCAGUUCCUCUCCCGCCGCGCCGGGCCGCGCUGCCGCUCGCUCCCCGGCCGUGGCGCCUCCGGGCCCGACGCGCUGCAGCCUCCAGCCCGCGGCAAGCGGGGCGGCCGCUCCAACCCCGGCCCAGCGCCAGCAGCCCCUCGCCGCGCGUCCCGCAUUCCCGGCCAGCAGCCUCCCUCUACGCAGGUCCUGCUGGGCCGCCCCGUCGCGCCCCCUGCUCUGAACUCAAGUCACCGUGGAGCUCCGCCGCCCCGAAACUUUCACCGCGAGCGGGAAAUAUGGGAUGUAUAAAAUCAAAAGGGAAAGACAGCUUGAAUGACGAUGGAGUAGAUUUGAAGACUCAACCAGUACGUAAUACUGAAAGAACUAUUUAUGUGAGAGAUCCAACGUCCAAUAAACAGCAAAGGCCAGUUCCAGAAUCUCAGCUUUUACCUGGACAGAGGUUUCAAGCUAAAGAUCCAGAGGAACAAGGAGACAUUGUGGUAGCCUUGUACCCGUAUGAUGGCAUCCAUCCGGACGACUUAUCUUUCAAGAAAGGAGAGAAGAUGAAAGUCCUGGAGGAGCAUGGAGAAUGGUGGAAAGCAAAGUCCCUUUUAACAAAAAAAGAAGGCUUCAUCCCCAGCAACUAUGUGGCCAAACUCAACACCUUAGAAACAGAAGAGUGGUUUUUCAAGGAUAUAACCAGGAAGGACGCAGAAAGGCAGCUUUUGGCACCAGGAAAUAGUGCUGGAGCUUUCCUUAUUAGAGAAAGUGAAACGUUAAAAGGAAGCUUCUCUCUGUCUGUCAGAGACUUUGACCCUGUGCAUGGGGAUGUUAUUAAGCACUACAAAAUUAGAAGUCUGGAUAAUGGGGGCUAUUACAUCUCUCCACGAAUCACUUUUCCCUGUAUCAGCGACAUGAUUAAACAUUACCAAAAGCAGCCAGAUGGCUUGUGCAGAAGAUUGGAGAAGGCUUGUAUUAGUCCCAAGCCACAGAAGCCAUGGGAUAAAGAUGCCUGGGAGAUCCCCCGGGAGUCCAUCAAGUUGGUGAAAAGGCUCGGCGCUGGGCAGUUUGGGGAAGUCUGGAUGGGUUACUAUAACAACAGUACCAAGGUGGCUGUGAAAACCCUGAAGCCAGGCACUAUGUCUGUGCAAGCCUUCCUGGAAGAAGCCAACCUCAUGAAGACCCUGCAGCAUGAUAAGCUCGUGAGGCUGUACGCUGUGGUCACCAGGGAGGAGCCCAUUUACAUCAUCACCGAGUACAUGGCCAAGGGCAGUUUGCUGGAUUUCCUGAAGAGCGAUGAAGGUGGCAAAGUGCUGCUUCCAAAGCUCAUUGACUUUUCUGCUCAGAUUGCAGAGGGAAUGGCGUACAUCGAGCGGAAGAACUACAUUCACCGGGACCUGCGAGCAGCUAAUGUCCUGGUCUCCGAGUCACUCAUGUGCAAAAUUGCAGAUUUUGGCCUUGCUAGAGUAAUUGAAGAUAAUGAGUACACAGCAAGGGAAGGUGCUAAGUUCCCUAUUAAGUGGACGGCUCCAGAAGCAAUCAACUUUGGAUGUUUCACUAUUAAGUCUGAUGUGUGGUCCUUUGGAAUCCUCCUAUAUGAAAUCGUCACCUAUGGGAAAAUUCCCUACCCAGGGAGAACUAAUGCCGACGUGAUGACUGCCCUGUCCCAGGGCUACAGGAUGCCCCGUGUGGAGAACUGCCCAGAUGAGCUCUAUGACAUUAUGAAAAUGUGCUGGAAAGAAAAGGCAGAAGAGAGACCAACAUUUGAUUACUUACAGAGCGUCCUGGAUGAUUUCUACACAGCCACGGAAGGGCAGUACCAGCAGCAGCCUUAGAGCACAGGGAAACCCGUCCGUCUGGCAGGGGUGGCUGCCUCAUUUAGAGAGGAAAAGUAACCAUCACUGGUUGCACUUAUUAUUUCAUGUGCUGGGAUCUUCUGCCGUGCCUGGAUCCUGAAAUGGAGGCUAAAUUACUCAGGAAGAACACCCUCUACAUGGGAAAGUACUCUGUACUCUUAGAUGGAUGCUUCACCCAGUUGCAACUUGGACUUGUCCUCAGCAGCUGGUAAUCUUACUCUCCUUGACAAUGUCUGAGUGCAGCCUUUUGAGAAGAAAACACCUAUUCCCUCCAAAAAUACACCCAGCUAGCUCUGUGUUUACAAAUGGACAUAGGACUCAAAGUUUCAGAGACCACUGCAAUGAAUCCCCAAUAAUAUCAGAAUUAAACUCAUUUAUAAAGCUAAAAUAACCAGAUACAUAGCAUGACAUUUCUUUGUAUUUUUCUCUAUGCUUUGGCUUACUUGUUAAAAAAAAAAAAAAAAUUACUAAUCCAACCUGUUAGAUUUUGCAGGUGAAGUCAGCAGCUUAAAAAUGUCUUUUCCAGAUUUCAAUGUUGUUUUUUUUUUCCUACCUCCCAAAAUCUGAGACUGUUAAACAUUUUUCUUCCAUGAACACUGCUCAGACCUGCUAGACAUGCCACAGGAGUGGCGUGCACAUCUCUGUCUCUUCCAGCAGGAAGAGCCCAUGAGCACACACAGCUGCUGUGCCGUCCAAUGUGCACCUGAGGGCACCGGGCUCACCUGGACCUCCCAGGAAAGGGAGAAGAGCCUCAGAAACUGCUCUGUGUUUAGAAGGAAUAUUUUUAAGGGUCCAGCUUUUUCAUUUCCACAAUUUCCUAUAUCCAGAUUUGUUUUGACAGUGUAGUUUAGAAGAACUAAGAUUCUAAUCUCUGAAGAACCUUAUAGGGCCUUCUAAAACUUAUAUAAGAGUUUCCUUUGUUGCUUCAAAGAUUUGAACGUUAUGUUAAAGAUCAAGUAUUAAUUUUAGUUGUACUCUAGAAAGUUAAAGUGCCACAUUUGGGGCUAUUUUUAUGAUUCAGCAAUCUUUUCUAAAUUGUGUAGCAUGUGUAUGAGACUAUUUAUACCCAAGGAUAUGAAGGAACGUAAGUGACUAGGAGGCUCUAGUGAGCCAUGGUGGUGGGAGGUUCAAGCGGUUUUGUUUACUAAAUUUUUCUCCUGUAAGCUUUGAAUGGAAACUUCUGUAUCACAUUAUGUGUUUCACUUAUGCUGUCGUGUACAUACCUAAUAUUUCUAUUUUUGAUUUUAUUUUAAUACACCUCGUCCAAUAACAUCUCAA